UACACGCAUAUCUUGUUUUUUUUUUUCAGGCCAAACUGCCCGAUGGCAAAGAAGUAGCCGUAAAGCGGCUAAUAAUGAAGGAUUUAGGACGGGGUGGCGAUGAACAAUUCAAGAAUGAGAUUCUUAUAUUAGCCAAGCUUCAGCAUCGAAACUUAGUGGCACUUUUAGGAUUCUGCUUAGAAGAGGAAGAAAUGCUUCUCAUUUAUGAGUUCAUGCCCAACAACAGCCUGGAUAAAUUCAUAUUUGACACAGCUAGGCAUACAUUUAUACGAUGGGAGACGCGCUAUAAAAUAAUCAAUGGCACUGUAAGAGGACUUGUCUACCUCCAUGAACAGUCAAGACUUCGGAUCGUUCAUCGAGACCUGAAAGCUGGAAACGUUCUCCUAGAUGAGGAAUUCAACCCAAAGAUAUCAGAUUUUGGAAUGGCGAGACUAUUCAACAUAGACCAAACUCAAUCAGUAGCAAGCAAAAUUGUUGGUACUUUUGGAUAUAUGGCUCCUGAAUACGUGCUCCAAGGACAGGUUUCUAUGAAGUCGGAUGUCUAUAGUUUUGGUGUACUAGUCUUGGAAAUCAUAAGCGGGCAAAAGAUUGGCUCAUUUCGAUCCGAAGAGAAUCAAGAAACCCUUCUUGAAUUUGUGUGGAAAAAUUGGUCAGAUGGCACAGCUUGGAAUGCUGUGGAUCCUGCAUUAUCAAAUGCUCAUAGCACUGAGGUCCUGAAAUGUAUUCAUGUUGGUUUACUAUGUGUCCAACAGAACCCAAAAGACAGACCAACUAUGACUUUAGUUGAUCUUAUGCUAAGGAAUGAUCCCAUCUCCCUACCAGCGCCAUCGAAGCCUGCGUUUUUCGAUAGGAGCGACAUCCUAGACGAUGCUCCGCCACAGGGGAGUUCUUCAAACCAAUCGAGCAGCACAUUUGUUGGAAAUUCAACAAACGAGGUUACUAUAACACAGCUUCAACCUCGUUAGUAUCUGCGUCUCAUUUUACUUGCUCCAUUUGACCCAAAAAAACUCUCAUAAAAAUUGUCAAUUGGGGUAAGUAAAAGGAGACGGAGAGAGUAAUAUACGAUAAUGCAGUCCUUUUAUUUUGUAAUUAUGGAUAUGUUAGCUUUCCAUCAUCGAAUUUCCUUUGCUCCAAAAAGUAACAAUUGUAACAUUUGAUUUCGCAUUGGAAACUAUUCUAGGAAUUCGAGUCUUUGCUCAUUCAGCGGUAACUGCUA